CAGACGAAGGGAACAUCGAGUUUUGGUAAGCGCCAUAACAAGACACACACUCUGUGUGUGCGCUGUGGUCGUUCAGCAUACCACAUUCAGAAGAAGCGAUGUGCUUCUUGUGGCUAUCCAGCCGCUAGAACCAGGAAGUGUAAGUCUGUUUUUUUAUGUUAUAAUUAAAGUAAACUAAGGUGUUGUGAAAGUGAUGAUUAUGACUUGUGUGACAUGAAGUCCGAUUUCCAAUAAAUUGCGUCAGUUACAAAUUGGGGGAAGCUCAGGAUUGUAAAAUUUAAGUAAAGGCACAUACCCUUCUUGUUGAUAAUGAAUGAAAGUCAUUAGACCAGCUGAUUUUGUCCCUGUGUGUUUGCUCGGCCAUUUCAGAAGUUUUUCCAUUUUUGAUUAGCUAUGUAGUUGAGUUGUAUAGGCUGUUGGCUUUAAGUGCUUAAUUUUAAUUGAUUGCUCAACUGUCCAUUUUUGCAAGUCCAAUGACAAGUGUAUGUAAUUGGACUUAAAUCACCCAAUUAAGACCCAAACAAGGGUAUAAUAGAUUAUUUUGUCAUCGACACAGUUGGUAAUGGUAAUAGAACUGAGUGGAGUCCAAUUCGGUCUGUAAUCAUAAGUGUGAUUGACAGAAAUCAGAUGACCAUAUAGCAGCAGUCCAAUUUGUUAAUCACUAGUAUCAUCACAGGUACAAAAAGUUCCGUAACCAAUUAAUCAAAACUAUAACAAACUAUUCAAAACAAACUAGCCAUUGGUGAAAAGUUUUCUUAAAACAGACAAAAGGGUGAUGAGAAUGCCCACACAAGAUACAUUCUGUCCAAUUACGCAAGCAUGGGGUUUCCACUGUCCAAUUACUUGCAUGGCACUGCUCUAUUAGUACUCAAAUCAGGCUGUUUGAUAACUGAUCUGUCAUACUUUUGAUUAAGCAAGAAAUUGUAUAAAAUCUAUUGUUAUGAUGGUUGUCUUCCUUAGAAACUUAAAAGAUUAAAGCUGUUGCAAAAAUUUCAUGCACCAGACACAAAACAUACAAAUUGCUUUAUUUAGCAUAAUUGUGACUGUUCCAUUGAAAGCUUUUCAACUUCUGAAAACUCAUAAUUUUUUCUCUAGUUAACUGGAGCAUCAAAGCUAACCGAAGAAAGACAACUGGAACUGGCCGUAUGCGCCACCUCAAAGGGCUAUAUCGCCGCUUUAACAAUGGAUUCCGUGAGGGAACUCAGUCCAAGUCCCAGAAACGAAAAGGUGGAGCAGCUCCUGCCUCUAGUGGUGCCAGCCAGUGA